CAUGGGAGCUGAGCCUGGACACACAGCAGCCAGCCUAAUGCUCUGACUACUGCAAACAUGUCUCUAGAUCUCUCCAUUACUGGUCGUCAAACCUCAUUUCCUCCGCGCAAAGGGCGCAGCGCGUACCGUGUCAAAGCUGCAAAUUCAUAUGUUGAUGAGACUCUGUUUAGUAGCACUCCAGGAAGAGCAGACCCAGUCCUACAGUGGAGUCCAGGACCACCAAGUGAGGUCCCACAUGUGUGGAGUCAAAGUGAAACUAUAGAGACCAAAGGUAGCACCAGCUCUAGGACUAACCGUACCCCAACUGGAAGCCCCAGGAAGAAAACACAAUAUAGGGUGAAGAGUCGAACUCCUUCUUACUGUGAUGAGACUCUGUUUGGUCAGGGGAUAGACGAUUGUGGUUGGGAGGCACCAUGGGUGAAGAAAGAAGAUUCCAUAAGACUACGUCCUCUCCUUUGGUGUCCUACCCCAGUGUUACGUCCACAAAUCUCCAAACCAGUUACAAAUAAAUUUCCUGUCCGAGCUGUACAUCCCCCAGAAGGAUCAGAAAGUAUUUUGGGGACUUACAAGGGGAAAGGAGAGUUCUGGAAAGUCCCAGACAAUGACUCUGAUUGUGGUGGUUCUCCUUCUGUAACAGGACCCUCAAUUAGUGCCAGAUCUCACAGGCGUUCUUCAAGCAGAGACACAGCCCGUUCAGCAAGCUGGUCAGGUAGAGGGUCAAUUAGGAAAGAAUCGGGUACAAUGCCGCAAAGGCCUCCAUGGAAGUGAAGUAACAGAGAGAGCAAUGUGUGUUCUUCAUGUAAAUUGACAGUGUAGGACCUUAAAUGUGUUUCCAUUUUGAAACAAUGUUUUAAAACAUAAUGGGAAACAAACGGGAUUAGAGUCAAUACAUUAACAAAUGUACGGGUUUAUUCAUUUAACAAGCCUCUGCUACAUUUUCUAAAUGUAGACCAAAAUAGCUAACUUGGAAAAUUCUGACAUUAAGGCAUUGAUUUAACAAACUUUCCAAAUGAGGGAAUUCUAUUAGAAAAACUUUUUAAAUUAUUUAUCUACAGACAUAACCAUUAAAAUAAAACUUUAGACACCAAGACCACUUCAUCUCCAUGAAGUGGUUUUGGUGCAGUGUCCCUGUGCCCUUAACCUUGCAAUGCAAAACGCAUCCUCUAGUGGCUGUCAUACUGACACUGACAUAGUAAAACUUGAUCAUGUGUUCCGGAAGUCCCGCAGGAAAGCAUUGGUUCAGUGCAGCACUUGCCGCACCUGUGCCUAAGGCCCACAAUGCUCCUCUAUAAGGAGCAUUGGAUAGAACCCUCUCGGAGGAGGCAGGUGACGUCAGUGGGGGAAUGAGGCACUGAGGGAGCCUUGAUGCUCAAAACAGGUAAGUAAAAUAUGUUAUUUUAUUUUUGUGCAUGUAGGGUCAAGAACACCAUAGAAAUAUCAAUGUGUAUUCCUAAUGUGUGUGUAAAAAGUUUAUAGGAAUAUUUGUAGAUAAAUAAUUUGGAAAUAUUUUAUAACAUGAAUGAAUCAUUUGGAAAGCCUAUUAAAUAGAGGAUUAUAUUUCCAUCUUGACUAUGCUACCAUAAUUUACUUAAAUUGGUUUUAGAUUGACUAAAACUCACUAUUUAGUCAGUAAACCAAUAGUAGGUGUCAAAGGAUUGAAAAAUAGGUGUCCGUAACAUGUGGAUGAUUUGCUUUUUCACAAUGUAAGUAUUAAAACCUAAUUAUCUGCUUGUUUUGACAGUGGUGAUACUGAGCUGCUCCAAAUGGCCUGGGGCCUUUAGUUGCAUCAUGUCACAAACUGUCUUGUCAGAUUGUAAGUAGAGUGCUCUCCCAGGUCAAUAGAUGCCUACUGAACCUGUCACAUUCCUGCCUACAUUUUAGAUGAAAUGUGCAUACUUCUCAUAUAAACAUCCUAGAGAGCACAAUUCACACAUUGUUCACAUUGUCGAUGACAUUGGAACACUCAGGAAGAGGAAAAUGGAGACAAUCAAAUACAUGUAUGGUUUGGAAAUUCAGAAAUGAGCAAAAGCCAAAUAUAUUAUCUAUUCAACAAUUAUGAAACCGUGCAUUAUAGCAGAAUACGUUUUUCUUUCUAACAUCUUGCAUAGGGCCAUGUAAAAAAAGGAGAAAAUCAAGACAGGCCUGUAAAUACAUAUAGCUAAAUAACUAUUUUUAGUGCAUUUCCUGGCUUACCUUUGGCUCAUGGGGCAGCCAUUUUUAUUGUUUCUAGGUCAUACGAAACACGCUAGAAACAAGGACUGCUUAUUUAAUAUUUAUAUCAUUUUUACUCAAACUACCGCAACAUGCCUCCCAAUAUUGCAAAUGGCCAAAGAGGCACUCUUACUAUAUAGGGUAGAGAUAGUCUGGCCAGGGAUAUUCUUGGAGAUUUUAGGCAAACAUAUGACUUACUGAUAAUCAUUUAUGUAACUGAAGAGUAAUUAAAGAAAAAAACAAUGGUAUUUCUAUUAAUAAAAUUAAGAGUACAUGUCAUUUAGCCUCUGUGUAUUAGUUUAUAAUACAUUCAUACGUAAAUGCUUGCUUUAUUGCAUCUCCUGGUCUUCCUUUACUCCAAUGCAGCCAUCUUUAGAUGCUUUUGGUUAGAAGCAUCACUUAUCUGACAGAUUAUCCUGAGCAAUGAAUAGGUGAAACAGGCAGAGUCCAUUUGAGAAGUCUGGCGCUUCUGAGUGAUAUCAAAAUUUGUCACUUCUCACUACCUUUAGGUUACCAGUGUGGUGUAUGUGUGAAUAAGUGUUUUUUAUGACCUAUACAAAAUAAAAAGGGCUGCCCCAUGAGCCAAAGGUAAGCCAGGAAAUGCACUAAAAAUAGCUAUUUCGCUAUAUGUAUUUAUUACAAAAUAGUAUAUACAGAGGCUAUAAUUCAUACAAUAUUUUAUAUAAUAUACAAAUUAUGACAAAACUAAAUUAUUUUAUUUGCACAGACUAAUUUCAACACAUGUAUUGUAAUUUAAAGAUAGGUUUUUGUGAAGCUAUAUAACCGAUUCAUGCAUAUAUAAUAUAGGGCUCCCAGAAGAACGGGAUAGUCAGAUUUGGGAAACUAUUCCACUUUAAGGGCACACCUAUAACUGACUAAAAUAGUAAGACAGUGAUUUAUUUUCCAUAGUGACCUUAUAUAUUUCUAUUUUUAUGAGAAAACUGCAAGUGACCACAUACAAAAGGCACAUCAUGCACUUCAUAAAAGUGAUGGCUAACAUAUUUAUAUUUUAUCAAUGAGCUUGUUUUACUUGUUUUUCUAAUCGGAUAUAGUCAGACCUUUGUCUAUGACUAUUUUCUGAGAUGAAAACAUCCGGUACUUAUUUUGUCAAGGUGAAUUAAAAUGUUUGGCUAAUAACAGGAACUAUAAAUAGUAUUCUAUGAAAAUUACCAUUGUUAGAGCAUUGUUUGAUUUUACUGAGGCCUUUCAAUCCCCCGGAGGCAUAAUCUACGAGCAGGCCAUAUUUAAUCAUUUAUGUUAUAUAGUAGAACAGUCGGAUUUUCUAGAAAACCUGAGUGAUGUACAAAAAUGCCACACUGUGUCGUGAACUGCAAGAAGUACUGCAGCUUUUCCUUCAUUGUUUUCUUUGUAGAAGAUUUAUUGCCAAAGCGUCUAAUUUCAAUAUUUAUAACCAUCUCCUUUGCUGUGAUCCCAGUACUGCUUUUCAGGCAGUCUUGUUGCUGAGAGUCUUAGUGAUGUGCGUAUAGGACUAGAAAACCAUAAUGAGCUGCGGCACGCUCAGUUAUAAAUUAUCCCCAGACUUCCCACUGCUGGGGGUUAUUUGAUGUGCAUGUGGCUGCCAAACCCACAUAAUGCUUCAGGCUCAUAAGGAAGAUUCAUGAAAGACUUUGUAGCCAGACCGUUGCUUUCUGGAUAUCAACUAACACUAGCAGCUGAGUGCACCUAUCCUGUUUCAGUUCUUGUGAUCCCAAGUUCCUGAAACCUUCUUAUCUACUCCUGCUUAACUGUCUUGUGUUGCUGUUCACUUGGUGAUGCUACCUAUUGGUCCUACUUUAAUCUCUUCAAAUAGUACAAGCUCAAUGUCCUCUGUCUUCAGUAUAUCAAUAAUAAUUUAAAGAAAUAAUACAGCUCUAUACUACUAGCUUUAAUCAGGUCCUGUUCCCAGCGUUCAAGCCAACCUCCACCUCUUUGCAGUAUAUGCUGUGUCCUUGAGGUUAAUGAGUGGGUCAUCCAUUCCAUUCUAAGUCCUGUGGCUGGAAGAGCUCAACCUACCAGCAUAGACAAAGGAUUGUAUGAUGGACAACUGUGCUUUAUGGUUUAAGGUGCCAUAUACUGGUAUCUGCAUUGCCAGGUCGUUACACUUCAUUUGGAGUUCUACUGCCCAAAAUACAAACUGAUUUCCA